AUGAACAGCCGCUCCCUGGAGCUCUUCAGCAUCGACCCGCGGGCCGGGCUCAUCACCACCACGCAGGCCCUGGACCGCGAGAGCAUGGAGCUCCACUACUUCCGCGUGACGGCCGCCGACCACGGGGCACCCCGGCUCUCGGCCACCACCAUCGUAGCCAUCACAGUUGACCCCGUCUUCGAGCAGAGCGAGUACCGGGAGACCAUCCGGGAGAACGUGGAGGAGGGAUACCCCAUCCUGCAGCUGCGGGCCACGGAUGUUGACUCCCCGCCCAAUGCCAACAUCCGCUACCGCUUCGUCAACGAGCGGGCCGCCCACGCCGUCUUUGAGAUCGACCCUCGCUCCGGUCUCAUCACCACCAGCGGGCCGGUGGACAGGGAGAAGAUGGAGCGGUACUCCUUGGUGGUGGAGGCCAACGAUCAGGGGAGGGAGCCGGGGCCCCGCUCUGCCACGGUAAGGGUCUACAUCACAGUCCUUGAUGAGAACGACAACACCCCUCAGUUCAGCGAGAAGCGCUACAUCGUCCAGGUGCGGGAGGACAUACGGCCCCACACCGAGAUCCUGCGCGUCACCGCCACAGACCUGGACAAGGACAACAACGCGCUGGUGCACUACAACAUCAUCAGCGGGAACAGCCGGGGCCAGUUCUCCAUCGACAGCGUCACCGGGGAGAUACAGGUGGUGGCUCCACUGGAUUUUGAGGUAGAGCGGGAGUAUGCCCUGAGGAUCCGGGCUCAGGAUGCAGGUCGCCCUCCCCUCUCUAACAACACCGGCAUGGCCAGCAUCCAGGUCGUGGACAUCAAUGACCAUGCCCCCAUCUUUGUCAGCACUCCUUUCCAAAUCUCUGUACUGGAGAACGCUCCCGUCGGCCACUCUGUCAUCCACAUCCAGGCCGUGGACGCGGACUACGGCGAGAACUCACGCCUGGAGUACAAACUGACGGGGGUCUCGGCCGACACCCCCUUCAUGGUGAACAGUGCCACGGGGUGGAUCACGGUCAGCGGGCCCUUGGACCGGGAGUCGGUUGAGCACUACUUUUUUGGGGUAGAGGCUCGGGACCACGGCUCUCCAUCUUUAUCUGCCUCUGCCAGCGUCACCAUCACUGUCAUGGAUGUCAACGACAACCGUCCCGAGUUCACCCAGAAGGAGUACUUCAUCCGCCUGAACGAGGACGCAGCUGUGGGGACCAGCGUCCUCAGCGUCACAGCGGUUGACCGGGACGUGAACAGCGCCAUCACCUACCAGAUCACAGGUGGCAAUACGCGGAACCGCUUCUCCAUCAGCACGCAAGGCGGGAUGGGGCUCAUAACUCUGUCUCUGCCGCUGGACUACAAGCAGGAGAGGCGUUACGUGCUCACCGUGACGGCCUCCGACCGCACCCUGCGUGACAACUGCCACGUCCACAUCAACAUCACCGAUGCCAACACUCACCGGCCUGUGUUCCAGAGCGCCCACUACUCUGUGAGCAUCAACGAGGACCGGCCCGUGGGCAGCACCGUGGUGGUGAUCAGCGCCACAGACGAUGAUGUGGGGGAGAACGCCCGCAUCACGUACUACCUAGAAGACAACGUCCCUCAGUUUCGCAUCGACCCAGACUCUGGGGCCAUCACUCUCCAGGCAGAACUGGACUAUGAGGACCAGGUCACCUACACGUUGGCUAUCACUGCCAAGGACAAUGGCAUCCCCCAGAAAGCGGACACCACCUAUGUUGAAAUCAUGGUGAAUGACGUUAAUGACAACGCCCCUCAGUUUGUCAGCCCUCACUACCAGGGCAUGAUCUCCGAGGACGCUCCUCCCUUCACCAGUGUGCUCCAGAUCUCUGCCACUGACCGGGAUGCCCACACCAACGGGCGGGUGCAGUACACCUUCCAGAACGGGGAGGACGGUGAUGGAGACUUCACCAUCGAGCCCACCUCAGGGAUCAUUCGCACCGUCCGCAGGCUGGACCGUGAGAAUGUUCCCGUCUACGAGCUGACUGCGUACGCCGUGGACAGGGGCAUCCCUCCUCAGCGGACCCCUGUCCAUAUCCAGGUUACCAUUCAGGAUGUGAAUGACAACGCCCUUGCUGAAGAGUUUGAGGUCUUGGUAAAGGAGAACAGCAUUGUAGGCUCUGUUGUGGCCCAGAUCACAGCCAUCGACCCAGAUGAGGGACCCAAUGCCCAGAUCAUGUACCAAAUUGUGGAAGGCAACAUCCCUGAGAUAUUCCAGAUGGACAUCUUUUCUGGGGAGCUCACAGCCUUGAUAGACCUGGAUUACGAGACAAAACCUGAGUAUGUGAUUGUAGUACAGGCCACUUCUGCCCCCCUGGUCAGCAGAGCCACGGUCCACAUCAAACUCAUUGACCAGAAUGACAACAGCCCCGUCCUCAAGAACUUUCAGAUCCUCUUCAAUAACUACGUGUCCAACAAGUCCAACACCUUCCCCUCAGGGGUCAUAGGGAAGGUUCCAGCUUAUGACCCAGAUGUAUCUGACCGCCUCUUCUAUACCUUUGAGCGGGGAAAUGAGCUGCACUUGUUGAUCGUAAAUCAAUCGAGCGGGGAGCUGAGGCUGAGCCGUAAGCUGGACAACAACCGUCCACUCGUGGCCUCCAUGCUGGUGACCGUCACAGAUGGGAUCCACAGCGUGACGGCCCAGUGUGUCCUGCGGGUGAUGAUCAUCACGGAGGACAUGUUGGCCAACAGCAUCACGGUGCGGCUGGAGAACAUGUGGCAGGAGCGCUUCCUCUCCCCACUGCUCUCCACCUUCCUGGAAGGGGUGGCCACCGUGCUCGCGACGCCCAAGGAGGACAUCUUCAUCUUCAACAUCCAGAACGACACGGAUGUGGGCGGCACGGUGCUCAACAUCAGCUUCUCAGCCCUGGCGCCACGGGGCGGACACUACUUCAGCUCGGAGGAGCUGCAGGAGCAGCUGUACAUGAAGCGCAUGGCGCUGACGGGUGCCUCCAUGCUGGAGGUGCUGCCCUUCGACGACAACGUCUGCCUGCGGGAGCCCUGCCAGAACUACAUGAAGUGCAUCUCCGUCCUCAAGUUCGACAGCUCGGCCCCCUUCAUCGCCUCCCCCUCUACCCUCUUCCGGCCCAUUCACCCCAUCGCUGGCCUGCGGUGCCGCUGCCCGCAGGGCUUCACCGGGGACUACUGUGAAACAGAGAUCAACCUCUGCUACUCCAACCCCUGCCUGAAUGGCGGCAUCUGCAUCCGCAAGGAGGGAGGGUACACGUGUGUUUGCCGCCAGAACUUCAGCGGCGAGAACUGCGAAGUGGACAGCCGUGCGGGGCGCUGCAUGCCCGGCGUGUGCCACAACGGCGGGACCUGCACCAACAGCGCUGACGGGGGCUUCCGCUGCCAGUGCCCGGCGGGGAGCUUCGAGACGCCCUUCUGCGAGGUGUCCACACGCUCCUUCCCACCGCGAUCCUUCGUCAUGUUCCGGGGACUGCGCCAGCGCUUCCACCUCACCCUCUCCCUCUCGUUCAGCACCAUGGAGCCCAGUGGCCUCUUGCUUUACAACGGGCGCCUGAACGAGAGGCACGACUUCCUGGCGGUGGAGAUCAUACAGGGACAGGUCCAGCUGAAAUACUCCACAGGAGAGUCCAGCACGGUGGUGAGCCCCUACCUGCCGGGGGGUGUGAGCGAUGGGCAGUGGCACACACUGCAGCUCCACUACUACAACAAGCCCAAGGUCAGCGCUCUGGGGGUGGUGCAGGGCCCCUCCAAGGACAAGGUGGCCAUCCUGACAGUGGACGAAUGUGAUGCCUCGGUAGCCCUGCAGUUUGGCAGCGAAAUAGGGAACUACUCCUGCGCCGCAGAGGGUGUGCAGACCAGCUCGAAGAAGUCCCUGGACCUCACAGGUCCCUUGCUCCUUGGAGGGGUCCCCAACCUGCCAGAAAACUUCCCUGUCUCUCACCGGGACUUUGUGGGAUGCAUGAGAGACCUGUACAUCGACAGCAAACGCAUCGACCUGGCCUCCUAUAUCGCCAACAACGGAACUGCAGCAGGCUGCCAUGCCAAGCACACGUUCUGUGACUCCAGCCCCUGCAAGAAUGGUGGCACCUGCUCUGUCAGCUGGGGGACCUACUCCUGCCUCUGUCCUGUUGGCUUCGGGGGCAAAGACUGCCGCCACCCCAUGCACCAUGCCCACUAUUUCCAUGGCAACAGUGUCCUGACCUGGGACUUCAAGACAGAUGUGAAGAUCUCGGUGCCGUGGUACCUCGGGCUGGCAUUUCGGACACGCCAGCCAGAUGGGGUUCUUCUGCAGGCCUAUGCUGGCCAGUACACCAUGCUGCUUUGCCAGCUGGCUGGUGGUCUGCUCUCCUUCAUGGUGAGCAGGGGCUCCGGGCGCAGCACCAGCCUUCUCCUGGACCAGCUACAGCUCAGCGAUGGGAGGUGGCACGACCUCCAGCUGGAGCUGCGGGACGUCCGCAGCGGGCGAGACUCGCGCUACGUCAUCACCCUCACCCUGGACUUUGGGCUCUACCAGGACACGGUGGUUGUUGGAAGUGAACUGCAUGGCCUGAAAGUGAAACACCUGCACGUGGGGGGAGUCCUGGACUCUGGCGAGGUGCAGAAUGGGCUGAGGGGCUGCAUACAGGGUGUGCGACUGGGUGACAGCGUCACCGGGACCGUGCUGCCCAAGCCCAGCCAUGCUCUGAGGGUGGAAGCUGGCUGCAGCGUGCCCAGCCCCUGCGACUCCAGCCCCUGCCCAGCCAACAGCAUCUGCAAGGAUGAGUGGCAGAGCUACUCCUGCGUCUGCCAGCCAGGAUACUAUGGAGGGGACUGCGUGGAUGUGUGUCACCUCAACCCCUGCAAGAACAAGUCUGUGUGUCGCCGCAAGCCGGGCUCACCCCUAGGCUACGUGUGCGAGUGUGGAGGGAACUUUUUCGGGCAGUAUUGCGAGCACAGGAUGGACCAGCAGUGUCCGAAGGGCUGGUGGGGGAACCCCACCUGCGGGCCCUGCAACUGCGACGUGAACAAGGGCUUUGACCCCGACUGCAAUAAAACCAACGGGCAGUGCCGCUGCAAGGACUUCCAUUACCGCCCCAAAGGCAGCGACGCCUGCCUGCCCUGCGACUGCUACCCCGUGGGCUCCACCUCGCGCUCCUGCGACAAGGAGACAGGACGGUGCCACUGCCGGCCCGGGGUCAUUGGGCGCCAGUGCAACAGCUGCGACAGCCCCUUUGCCGAGGUGACGCCCAGUGGCUGCGAGGUGCUCUAUGACGGCUGCCCCAAAAGCCUGAAAGCGGGUGUGUGGUGGCCUCAGACCAAAUUUGGCUUCUCAGCUGCGGUGCUGUGUCCCAAAGGCUCCUUGGGCGCAGCCAUCAGACACUGCGAUGAGGAGAAGGGCUGGCUGGAGCCAGAUCUCUUCAACUGUACUUCGCCUGCCUUCAAGGAGCUCUCCAUGCUGCUGGAGGGCUUGGAGAGGAACGAGACUGAGCUCAACACAAUUGAAGCCAAGAAGCUGGCCCACCGGCUCCGGGCUGUGACAGACCACAUGGACCACUACUUUGGCAACGAUGUGCACAUCACUUUCCGCCUGCUGUCCCGCCUCAUGGCCUUCGAGAGCCGGCAGCGCGGCUUUGGCCUGACAGCCACGCAGGACGCCCACUUCAAUGAGAACCUACUGCGCGCAGGCAGCUCCGUGCUGGCCCCAGAGAACCGGGAGCACUGGGCCAUGCUGCCACUCGGCGCCAGCCUCAUGGAGCAGCUGCGGGACUACUCAGGCACGCUGGCCAGCAACAUGAAACUCACCUACCUCAAUCCCAUCGGCGUUGUCACCCCCAACAUCAUGCUGAGCAUCGAUCGCAUGGAGAACCACUCCCACAUCCGCCGGCGCUACCCCCGCUACCACAGCAGCCUCUUUCGGGGCCAGCCCGCCUGGGACCCUCACACCCACGUAGUGCUGCCGCUCUCGGUGCUGAGCCCCCCGAAAGCCAAAGGUGAGCAGACGAGCGUCACUCAGGGGUGGGCAUUGCCUUCGGAGCGGCGUGUGUGGAACUACACUGUGGAGAACUCCUCCCCGAGGCAGGCGCUGCCGGACCCUGAGCCCGCUCUCACUGUGAUCAUCCUCAUCAUGUACCGCACCCUGGGGGGGCUGCUGCCUGCCCGCUACCAGGUGGAUCGCCGCAGCGUCAGGCUCCCCAAGAACCCUGUGAUGAACUCCCCUAUCGUGAGCGUGUCUGUGUUCAGCAAUCACACCUUCCUGCGGGGGCCCCUGGACACCCCUCUUGUGCUGGAAUUUCGCCUGCUGGAGACGGCCAACAGGAGCAAACCUCUCUGCGUCCAGUGGAACCACUCCAACCUGACCAACCCUGCUGGCUUCUGGACAGCCAGGGACUGUGAGCUCGUGUACCGAAACACCACACACGUCCACUGCCAGUGCUCCCAGUUUGGCACCUUUGGGGUUCUGAUGGACAGCUCGCACCGAGAGCAACUGGAAGGUGACCUGGAGACACUGGCAAUUGUCACCUAUUCCUUGGUGUCUCUCUCCUUGGUGGCUCUGCUGCUGACCUUCUCCUUCCUGACCUGCCUCAAAGGCCUCAAGUCCAACACACGUGGCAUCCACUCCAACAUAUCGGUCACCCUCUUCUUCUCUGAGCUGCUCUUUCUCCUGGGCAUCAACCGCACUGAGAACCAGGUCUGUGGGCUUGAACAAGCGCUCUCAUGGAGGCGGGGUUGAGGUGUGGGUGACGCAUUUCUUUGCACUGUGAUCGCCAUCCUCCUCCACUGCUUCUUCCUCUCUACCUUUGCCUGGCUCUUCGUCCAGGGCCUCCAUAUCUACCGCAUGCAGACCGAGGCCCGCAAUGUCAACUUCGGGGCCAUGCGUUUCUACUACGCCAUCGGCUGGGGAGUGCCCGCCAUCAUCACUGGGCUUGCCGUUGGCCUGGAUCCUGAGGGCUACGGGAACCCUGACUUCUGCUGGAUUUCCAUUCAUGAUAAGCUGGUCUGGAGCUUUGCAGGCCCCAUUACUGUCGUCAUUGUGAUGAAUGGGGUCAUGUUCCUGCUUGUGGCCAAGAUGUCCUGUUCCCCAGGUCAAAAGGAGACCAAGAAGAAAUCGGUUCUCAUGACGUUACGGAGCUCCUUUGUUCUGCUUCUAGUUAUUAGCACUACCUGGCUCUUUGGCCUCUUGGCUGUCAACAACAGUGUCCUGGCUUUCCACUACCUCUACACUGUCCUCUGCAGCCUCCAGGGCCUGGCUGUGCUGCUCUUGUUCUGCGUGCUGAAUGAGGAGGUGCGAGAGGCCUGGAAGCUGGCCUGCCUGGGCAAGAAGGGGCAGAGCGAGGAGGCUGCAAGGAGCACGCAGGGCCCCAGUGCCUACAACAACACAGCGCUGUUUGAGGAGAGCGGGCUCAUCCGCAUCACCCUGGGCGCCUCCACCAUCUCCUCGGUGAGCAGCAUGCGCUCUGCCCGCACCCACUCCAGCCAGCGGCCUUACCUCAGAGACAACGUGACGGUGCGUCAGGGCUCGGCCCUGGAUCACAGCCUGCUGGCCCACGCUGGCCCCACGGACAUCGACGUGGCCAUGUUCCACCGCAAUGCCAGAGGAGGUAAGGAUUUGGACUCGGACAGCGACCUGUCCCUGGAUGAGGAGCGCAGUCUCUCCAUCGCGUCCUCGGAGAGCGAGGAGAACGUGCGCCUGCGGGGCCGCUUCCAGCGCCAGUUCAAGCGGGCGGCGCAUAGCGAACGCCUCCUCACGAACCCCGCUAACACCGCUCCCAAAGACGUGGAUGGCAACGACCUCAUGUCUUACUGGCCAGCUCUGGGCGAGUGCGAGGUUCACCCCUGCUCCCUGCAGAAGUGGGGCUCCGAGAGGAAGCUGGGGUUUGACAUCAACAAGGAUGCGGCCAACAAUAAUCAGCCAGAGCUGGCCCUGACCAGUGGGGAUGAGAACUCCCUCACCCAGACCCAACGGCAAAGAAAAGGGAUUUUGAAGAACCGUCUCCAGUACCCUCCGACCCUGCAAGGCUUGCCGUCCAUCGGCAGGAUGACCAACGAGCUGACGUGGUACAAGACCUCUACGCUGGGUCACCGCGCUGUCCCUGCCGCCUCCUACGGCCGGAUCUACUCCGGGGCGGGAAGCCUGUCGCAGCCAGCCAGCCGGUACUCCUCACGGGAGCAGCUUGACAUGCUCAUGAGGAGACAGAUGUCCCGGGAGCAGCUGAGCAGACACAACUCAGGAGAGUGCUUGGAAGCUGUGCCCAGCCGGCACGGGUCCAGGGAGGAGCUGGACACUAUCCCCAGCAGGCAUGGGUCUGCUGAACACCUGGAAAGCAUCCCGAGCAGACAAGGAUCUAGGGAAAACUUGGAUCUACUUGCUGCUAGGCCCAGUCAGAGAGAUCGUGGGAACACGCUGCCGCGGAGGCAGGGCUCCAGAGACCACCUUGACACUUUACCCUGCAGAUUUGGGUCAAGAGAGCAGCUAGACUGUGGGCCAGUUAGAGAGAUCUCUAGAGAGUGGCUAAACACAUUGCCAAACCUCCUCAGUGCCCUCCGCAAUGUGCCCCUCGACGCCUCGCUCUGCCACCUCCCACAGCAUUUCGGAGCUGUCACCAGACUCAGACGGGAGGGCCGGGUGGCCAUGGAGGUGGAGACGGCACUGAGCCACCGGCUGCCCCGUGAGGCACUGAGCGAGGCUGAUCUGGAGGAAGUGGCACAGCGGAAACCUCGCGCUGAGCCCUCGCUGCGUGGCUGUCUCCGAAAGACCAGAUGCUCGGCCUCCGCUGCCAAGUCCCUGCUGUUCCGGUUCCUGCCCUUCCUGCGCUGGCUGCCACGCUACCCCUUCAAGGACUGGCUCCUGGGGGACAUAGCCUCGGGCUUCAGCGUGGGCAUCAUGCACCUGCCUCAGGGGCUCGCCUAUGCGCUGCUGGCCGGGCUGCCGCCUGUCACUGGUCUCUAUUCCUCCUUUUACCCCGUCUUCCUCUACUUCUUCUUUGGGACAUCCAGGCACAACUCCGUGGAAGCUCUGGUGCUGACCUUGGGCUCCCUGCCCACACCCUGCCUGUUCCCAGGCCCCUUUGCUGUCAUCUCCGUCAUGAUUGGGAGCUUGACAGACUCCCUGUUGCCCAGCGAGAACUUCCUGGUGUCCGUCAAUGGCACCAACAUCACGAUGGUCAAUGAGGAACUGCGCGAUGCCGCCAGGGUGGAGCUGGUGGCCACCAUCACUGUCCUGACAGGCAUCUUCCAGGUGGCCUUGGGCCUCCUGCAGUUCGGCUUCGUGGUGACCUACCUCUCGGACCCGCUGGUGCGUGGUUACCCCACUGCUGCCUCUGUACACGUCCUCAUCUCCCAGCUCAAGAAUGUCUUUGGGGUCUCCCUGAGCGAGCACUCGGGGCCAAUCUCACUGUUUGUGACCUUCAUCGAGAUCUGCAAGAAGCUGCCACAGACCAAUGUGGGCACCCUGGUGACAGCCAUCAUUGCCAUGGUGGCCAUCUUCAUCGUGAAAGAGCUCAACCACAAGUUUGCUGCCAAGCUACCCAUGCCCAUCCCCAUCGAGCUCAUCACGAUCAUCAUCUCCACCGGCAUCUCCUACGGCGUCAACCUGAACGCCAAGUUUGGCAUCUCCGUGGUGGGCAACAUCCCCAGCGGGUUGAAGCCGCCUGUGGCCCCUAAUGUCAGCUACUUUGGGCAGGUGGUGGGCAACGCCUUCGCCAUUGCCGUGGUGGGCUACGCCAUCUGCAUCUCCCUGGGCAAGAUCUUUGCCCUGAAGCACGGCUACAAAGUGGACAGCAACCAGGAGCUGAUCGCGCUGGGCCUCUGCAACUUCCUGGGGGGCUUCUUCCAGUGUUUCGCCAUCAGCUGCUCCAUGUCGCGGAGCCUGGUGCAGGAGAGCACAGGGGGCAACAGCCAGGUAGCUGGUGUCAUCGCAUCCCUGGUCAUCCUGGUGACCAUCCUGAAGAUCGGAGAGCGCUUCCGAGACCUGCCCAAGGCCAUCUUGUCUGCCAUCAUCAUCAUCAACCUCAAGGGCAUGUUCAAGCAGUUCAAUGACCUCCGCACGCUCUGGAAGUCCAACCGGGUGGACCUGAUGGUCUGGAUUGUGACAUUCGUGGCCACCCUUCUGCUGAACUUGGACAUUGGUCUGGGGGCCUCGGUGGCCUUCGGGCUGCUCACCGUCAUCUUCCGCACCCAGCUCCCUCACUACUCCAUCCUGGGACGCAUCUCUGACACCGAUGUCUACAGGGACGUGGCUGAAUACCAGAUGGCACAGGAGGUCCCCGGUGUGAAGAUUUUCCGCUCCUCCUCCACCCUCUAUUUUGCCAACGUGGAGCUGUACGCCGAGGCCCUGAAGAAGAAGAGCGGCAUCAAUGUGGACCGCCUGAUAGAGAAGAAGAAGAAAGCCCUCAAGAAGCUGAAGAAACAGCAGAAGAAAAUGGAGAAGGAGAAGGCCAAGAGGAAAAAGGAUGCAGACGAUGGCCACAACGGUCCAAGCGUGGCGGUGAUCGAGCUGAGCAGGGCGGAGGGCAGCGAGCCCCCCAAGCCCACCCUGCGCACCCUGGGGCUGCCCCAGCCCAGCUUCCACGCCAUCAUCUUGGACUUCAGCCCUGUCAACUUCGUGGACACCGUCUCCAUCAAGAUCCUGAAGAAUAUCUUCAGGGAUUUCCACGAUAUAGAAGUGGACGUUUACGUUGCUGGCUGCCCAGUGCCCGUCCUCGCCCAGCUGGAGCGGGGCAACUUCUUCAGCUCAGACAUCACCAAGCACUGCUUCUUCCCCUCGGUGCACGACGCCGUGGUCCACAUCAACAGGGAGCGGCGCCAGGCCUCAGUGGACCUCAGCACCAGGAUGUAG